UAGAUCUGCCAAUUUACUCCAUGCGCCAUCUAUUGUUCGAUCUCUUAAAGUCUGCUGCCCUCCGAAGAUGACGAAGGGUACUUCCAGCUUUGGAAAGCGCCACAACAAGACCCACACCUUCUGUAGGAGGUGUGGGCGUCGUAGCUACCACAUCCAGAAGUUAACAUGCUCGAGCUGCGGAUACCCAGCCAAGACCAUCAGGAAAUAUAACUGGAGUGCAAAGGCAAAGCGCCGAAAGACAACUGGCACUGGCCGCAUCAAGCAUCUUAGGGCAGUCAACAGGAAAUUCAGUAAUGGAUUCCGUGAAGGCACUAAGCCCAAGCCCAGAGCACGUGGCGCAGCCUCCACAUAGACGUUAGUACCACAGACAUGGCCCACUACAGACUUUCUACCAAGACAGCAGACAACAACACUCAAAACCAGCAGACUUAUCACAGAUCAAUUCUCAUUGUAAGAUGUGAAUAAAUCAUCACAAAAACAAA